AUGGCGCCAAGCCCGACUGCUGUCGGGAGUCUCCUGCGACAAGUGGUCUAUUACCAUCUCGAUAGCGGCUCCUACGACAACGCCCUCUUCUUCGCCGAACGAUACGCCGCGCAAGACCCCCGAUCGAGCGAAGCCGCCUACCUCUACUCACUAUGUCACCUUCGACUCGGCGACUACCGAUCCGCGUACGAUGUGAGCAAGCCCAUGGGAUUUCGUGGUGUGCAUUUGGGAUGCACUUGGGUCUUUGCUCAAGCAUGUUUGGCUCUGGAACGGCACAAAGACGGCAUCGCAGCUUUGGAUAAGGCCAAAGGCUCCUGGUCGCAAAAGAACACCAUGGGCAAACACAGCGCAACGACUCGAGCUGCAUACCCCGAUACCCCUGCGGUGCUUUGCUUGCUGGGAAAGCUGUACCGCGGUUACGAUGACAAGAAGAGAGCCGUGAGCAGCUUUGAGGAAGCAUUGAAACUAAAUGCUUUUCAAUGGGACGCUUUCAAGGCUCUUUGCGACAUGGGUGUCAAAGUUCGUGUGCCAAACAUCUUCAUGGCCAGUGACAGCUUACUACAGAACCUUGGUCAAGACUUGACAACAGUAAAUGCUGAGCUGAGCAUGAGCAUGAGCACGAGCAUGACCCAAACCCAGAGCCAGAGCCAAAGCACCAUCUCAAACUCCUUUGAGCACCAGCAACCGCAGCAGCCUCCGAAGAAGUCAUCCAUGAGACCCGUGGCAGCCGACAUGGGGCCCGAUCCGUUUGGCGUUAGCUUUUCCGCCGCGGAUAUGACCCCCAUGACCGAAAACAUGCUGGCGAACACUGAGAGCGACUUCAUGUCCAGGAUGCAGAAUGCUAAAUUCAAGCUUAAGAGCUCGUCCAAUCACCAUCAAAACGACAUGGAGGGCCUCGAGACUCCAACAGGGCCACCAGCGGAAGCAAUGAUGUCUCGGUCUAACAACCUGCAGGAACCACCCCAUGCGCCCGCCAGGAGGACCCGAAAUGCCCAGCAUGUCGACCAGUCACUCGAAGCGCCGCCACGAAUGAACCAUCGACUUGGAUCGAGAAAAAAUGCUACUACGCGGGAGAAAAAUAGCCAAGAGCAGCCCUUGGAACCCAUCUCAGAUACCCCCAGUGCCCAUACUGGAAACUCACGGUCAAGUGUUAUGCCGACAACCGAUAGGAAACGAACGCUUGCCGGCCACCCAGUAUCACGAUCAGCAAACAUGGAAGAACACGCUACGAGGCGAAGCGCCCGAUUGAUAAAACCGUCGAGCAAACCGAACUCGACAGCAACCACCCCAGCUGCCGGAGGAGCCCCCGGUGGACGAGAGUUAAAAAAGGCUAGGCCCCCAGUCUCUCGUAUGGUGCGGCCGGGUUCCACUGGCCCCAACGUCGUAAGGGUUGUUAGCGGAAACCGAAAGCCUUUGGAGGACCACAACGGAGAAGGAGAAUACGAUGAGAUGGUCAAGGUCAGAGAUGCCUCAGUUCCGCCCUCCAAGGCUGCGGAACACGGGUUAGUAAAAUUCGAAGAAGCUUUGCGAUGGGUAAUGGAUCUGAUGAAGAAGCUCGGGAGUGGAUACUUUUUGUUAUCGCAAUUCCAGUGCCAAGAAGCAAUCCAGGCAUUGAGUGCAUUGCCUGCAGCUCAUCAAAGCUCGCCCUGGGUUUUGGCGCUCAUGGGACGUGCUCAUUAUGAACAGGCUUCAUAUGCCGAAGCAGACAAGUUUUUUCGCAGGAUGCGGGCACAAUGUCCAUCGCGCCUGGAAGAUAUGGAGGUGUAUUCUACCAUCCUUUGGCACUUGAAGCGGGAGACGGAUCUCUCCUUUCUGGCCCAUGAACUGGUGGACGCCGCAUGGCACUCCCCACAGGCGUGGUGCGCCUUGGGCAACGCAUGGUCUCUCGCGCGAGACCCCGAGCAGGCUCUCAAAUGCUUCAAGAGGGCCACCCAACUAGAUCCAAAGUUUGCAUAUGGCUUCACACUGCAAGGACACGAACAUGUAACCAAUGAAGAAUACGACAAGGCCCUUACGGCUUACCGGCAAGCGAUAUCAGCAGAUAAGAGGCAUUACAACGCCUACUACGGCAUUGGACGUGUCCAGCAGCGCUUGGGUGCCUAUGAUCAGGCCCUCACUCACUUCCAGGCCGCACAUGUCAUCAAUCCCAACAACGCCGUGCUGGUAACUUGCAUCGGAAUAGCGCUCGAGAAGCAGAAACAAAUUAUACCAGCAGUGCGUGCUUAUUCCAAGGCAGUCGAGCUCGCUCCACAGGCUGCUUCCGCAAGAUACAAGAAAGCUCGAGCUCUCCUCCUUGUUGGACAAGUUGAAGAGGCGCACAGAGAACUUGUUAUAUUGAAGGAUAUGGCCCCAGACGAGGGUAUGGUACACUAUCUCUUGGGACAAAUGUAUAGGAGCAUGAAUGAGAGGCAGGAGGCGGUCCGUCAUUAUACUAUUGCUUUGGCAUUGGAUCCAAAGGCUGGUCCGCAGAUUAAGGAGGCGAUAGAGAGUUUUGAGGAUGAUAUACCAAUGGACGACUCAAUGAUUUGA